AUGUCAACACAACCCCCCAACGCUCAAUCAGCAAUCAGAACGACGAACGUCAACAUGGCUGUCGCUCAACCCAAGCCCAAAGCUCCCAAAGCUGCUCCUGCUACAAAAGGAAAGGUGCAAAUGCAUAGACGAUCAAGGACAGGUUGUUACACAUGUAGGUUGAGAAGGAAGAAGUGUGAUGAAGGUACCGGAUCUUGCAGUGCUUGUAAGCAUCUAGGUUUACGAUGUGAAUACAAGAGACCUUCGUGGUGGGGAAACAAUGAGUUGCGCCGCCAGCAAAAAGAGGUUAUCAAGACUAUCAUCAAGCGAAAGAAGCUCACGGAGAAGACAACCGCACCAUCUCAAGCUCAAACACAACAAGUCAUGUCAUCCAGUAUUGAUACCCCUCCCGGACUUACACACUCAUUACCUACCUCUGCAACAUACUCCGACUCCCUAGACCGCAAUCGAUCAUCAUCAAUCGAUUCUCAAUUAUCUCUCUUUGAUUUCAAUGCCCCUCCUAUGGCCGAUUACACUGCUUACAAUGCGCAAAUGCACUCAUCGCAUUCUCAAUACGCCAUUUAUCCUGAAUACUCACCGUAUGAGAUUGAUGUAAAGACAGAACGUCAAAUGUUUGUUAAUGAUGUUCCUACUCGUCGCGAAUCAACCAUCUCCACCUUUAGCACGUUCCACCCACCACCACCACCCGAAUCGAUGCUACCAUCCUUCCCAAUUGAUCAUGAAUGGGAUACUGUAUACAAUGAAAGACAUGAAGUACUAGCAGAGGAAGCAUUGAACAUGAAUCUCUUUGAUUUCUCUCACGGCCCACCAUCAUCAUUCCGUCAAGUUGCCAUUGAACUGGAUGAGGGUGAUCAAAGACUUCUCGAUCAUUUCGUCUCGGAUGUUUUGCCUACCAUAUUCCCAAUUCUCGAAAGUAAUCAACAUGGUUCCGCACGAACAGAUUACAUCCUCCCAGCACUCCAAGGUAACAAAUGCUACCUACACUGUUGCCUCAGCAUUUCUGCUCAACAUUUCAAAUCCACCAUGAACAUCCAAGGAGAACAAAUCGAUAACGAUAUCAUGCGCCACCGAUAUGCAACCAUCUCGGAGCUUUGCGAAGCUCUCAACCGCGACACUGAUCACGUAUCAAUAUUGGAAGCCACAUUAGGAAUGAUCUUUUUCCAAUGUUCGGUCGGUCGAUUCGACGACUCUCUCCCUGAUAUUCCAUGGCAUCAACAUUUCCAAGCUGCCAUUUCUCUCGUUCAAAAACUCGAACUGCCACGUCUCGUUAUUGAAUCGCAUGAUCUGAUGCCUUUCAACAUGACUUUGACAGCUUGGAUCGAUAUCCUCGGUUCAACCAUUCAAGGCCGUGCACCCACAUUUGCUCACACAUACAGAGAAAAGCAUUUGUCGCAAACCAAUUCAUCGCUCGGCUUGAGAGAACUCAUGGGCUGUGAAGAUCGCGUUUUAUAUCUCAUUUCUGAGAUUGCAUGUUUGGAAGCUCUUAAAAAUGAUGGCAUGGAUGAUAUCCAACUUUGUCAACACGUCCAUGCUCUCGGUGAUCAAAUUGGACUUACGGAGAUCGGGGAAACCGGUCCCCGUAUCCCAUUCAAUGCUCAUGGCAUUCUCAGUCCCAAACAAUUGAGCAAGAACAUGACUGCUGCUUUCCGUCUCGCAGCUCGUAUCUAUCUCUGCAGUCUCGUUCCGGGCUUUUCCCCCAGCCAAGAUAGCUGUGUCGGGUUGGUUAACAAACUUACCCAAGCGCUUGAAUAUAUCCCCGCGGGACCCGGAGGCUAUGAUCGCAGUCUCGUGUGGGUUUAUCUCAUUGGUGGAUCUGUCAGUACUACUCAUUCUCCCUUCCGUCACCAUUUUGCCGAGCGCCUCGCUGCUCUUGGAGAUUUUGCCAACCAAGGAAGCUUCGGUCGUGUAUCGACUCUUCUCAAGGAAGUCUGGAGUCAUGUGGAUGGGAGAUAUAGUCCUGGUGGUGGUGAAGCACAUUAUGUCUCCUGGAGAGAGGUAAUGCAGAUGAAGGGUUGGGAUUUCUUGUUGAUCUAG